AUGGAGCGCGAUGGCCUAAUCACACGAGUCACAUUUAUCACGUGGGCAAUGCCAAUCGUGAUCGUGAUCAAAAGUGACGGCAAAACACCGCGAUUUUGUGGAGAUUACCGAUUAACCCUCAACCCGCGGUUGCGAAAGUUUGCGGCUAUCACCAUGGAACCGGAGGAUUUCAUGAAAGCAUUGCACGGCAGUACAUGCUUCUCGAAGAUCGACUUGGUUGAUGCAUACCUCCAGAUUCCGCUCACCCCAACCUGCCGGCAAUUCACCACCAUGAACACUCCAUGGGGACUGUAUCAAUACAACUUCCUACCGUUUGGUCUCCACACAUCCUCCGGCAUAUUCCAGGCUGCAAUUGACGAAGUCAUCUGCGAACUCGAUGGCGUGUUAGCGUACCAGGACGAUGUCAUUGUAUUUGGCACAACAAAGGCCGAGCAUGACGAUAGACUCCUCAAACUGCUGGAGCCGAUCGCUCAAAAGAAUGGGUCAAUUCGCGCUUCCAAAUGCGUGUUCAGCUCACCAGAAUUGGAAUUUUUGGGCUUCACAGUGGAUGCAAAAGGCUAUCACUCUGAUCCAAGUUGCUUCCGCCCAUUGACUGAACUCGAGUCACCAAGAGACCAAAACCAACUUAGAUCCAUCUCGGGAUGUCUCCAAUACUAUUCGCGUUUCAUCUCGAACUUCGCCACAAAAGCCCAACUGCUGUUUGCUGCUCAGUCGACUGCGGAAUUGAAAUGGACUAUCGAGUGUGAACAAAUUCUAGAUGAGAUUAUUCAGAUGCUAACUGACCGAUCAGUAAUCGCCUCGUGCUCUCCGACAAAAUAUCCAACUUUGAUCAUCAACGCAUCAGAUGUUCUCACUGGUGCCGUCCCCGAACAGAAAGGAUGUCCGAUUGUCUGCAUCUCUCGUCUACUCAAGGCAGAACGGGGAUAUUUCCAGACACAAAAAGAAGCAUAA